CAGUUGCAUCUCCACCGCAUCGUAAGUCAUCGUCCCAUGUCCAAGCUAUUCACUUCCGACCAAGUCGCUGCCCACAAUACCGACAAGGACUGUUGGAUCAUUGUCGAGGGAAAGGUGUAUGACGUUACCACCUUUCUCAACGAUCAUCCUGGCGGCCGCAAGGUAUUGCUCAAGGUCGCCGGUACCGAUGCCACGACGCAGUUCCAGCAGUUCCACAAUGCCGCUGUCCUUGAAAAGUUUGGCCCCGAGCUCCUCGUCGGAGCAGUGAGCGCCCACAGCGAGGCAACCACGACCUCAGAGGAGCCGACCCCCAGCAUCGCCGAAGGCAUGACCGAAGGCGAGCCCUUUGGCGAGCUGGUUCCUUUUGGUGACCCGUACUGGUACCAGGACUGGUACUCGCCCUAUUACGAUGACUCGCACCGACGUUUGCGCCGCUUCGUUCGCAUCUUUGUCGAGAAGGAAAUGAUGCCUUUCUGUCACGAGUGGGACGAGGCAAAGAAAAUCCCAGCCUCGCUGUUUCUCAAGGCCGGUGCGGCUGGCAUCCUCCCCGCGGUUGCUGGUGGACACUGGCCGGUCGAAUACGUUGCGUCUCCUCCGCCAGCGGACAUCGCGAUCAGCGAGUGGAACGCGUUCCAUGAGUUCAUCGUUUGCGAUGAGCUCGCCCGCUGCGGAUCGGGAGGUGCUCUUUGGGGUCUCUGCGGAGGUCUCGGUAUCGGACUCCCUCCGGUCAUGAACUUUGGCUCCGCCGAGCUCAAGAAAAGAAUCGUUCCGGAUUGUCUCAGCGGCAAAAAGUUCAUCUGUCUUGCAAUCACAGAGCCCUAUGCCGGCUCCGAUGUCGCCGGUCUGCGCACCGAGGCCAAGAAGACCCCCGACGGCAAGUUUUACAUUCUGAACGGCGAAAAAAAGUGGAUCACCAAUGGUGUGUAUGCUGACUAUUUCACGGUUGCCUGCCGAACCGGAGAGCCGGGCAUGAACGGCAUCUCGCUGCUUCUGGUCGAGCGCUCGAUGAAGGGCGUAACGACUCGGCAGAUGCAGUGCUCCGGUGUCUGGGCCAGUGGCACCUCGUACAUUGCGUUCGAGGACGUCAAGGUGCCUGUCGAAAACCUCAUCGGCAGAGAGAACAAGGGUUUCAAGGCCAUCAUGUUCAAUUUCAACCAUGAGCGAAUGGGUAUUGCCAUCCAAGCCAAUCGCUUUUCACGCGUCUGCCUCGAAGAGUCCCUGAAGUAUGGACAUAAGCGCAAGACAUUUGGCAAAAACCUUGUCGACCAUCCAGUUAUCCGCCAGAAGCUGGCCAACAUGGCUCGCAAGGUUGAAGCCACACACGCCUGGAUGGAGUCCUUGAUCUAUCAGACCACACGGAUGCCACCCGAGCUGCAAAUGCUCAAGCUCGGCGGGCCCAUCGCGCUGCUCAAGGUUCAAGCCACACAGACCUUCGAAUACUGCGCCCGAGAGGCCGCCCAGAUCUUUGGAGGCUUGGCCUAUUCCCGUGGCGGACAGGGCGAAAAGGUCGAAAGACUCUACCGUGAAGUUCGAGCCUAUGCCAUUCCUGGAGGAUCAGAGGAGAUUAUGAUGGAUCUUGGAAUGAGACAGUCCAUCAAGGUCUCUCAGUUGAUGGGUGCCAAACUCUGAGGCAGCUCACAAUAGCUGUUUGUGGGCCCUGGCAAACCGGUCCCCUCGGCAAUAUACGAAAUGCGGGUCGGCAACGCUCGCUCGCGUACUCGAUGAUAG